CUGGCGCAUGCGCAGUCCGGGGGUUGUAAGUGGAACUCGUGAAUAAUCUGGUGUUUUUUCUUUCUGCUCAUCUGAGCCACAGAGUCUCACUGUUGCUCCUGCAGCUCCACAGACAGCGCCACAGACAGACUGAGCCACAGACAGACCCGCAGACACACGGACUGAGCUCCACUGGGCUGCGGUCAUGAGCUUCUUCGGCUUCGGUCAGAGUGCCGACAUCGACAUAGUUCUGAAUGACGCCGAGACGAGAAAGAAAGCGGAGCACAAGAGCGAGGACGGCAGGAAGGACAAGUAUUUCCUCUUCUUCGACGGAGAGACGGUGUCGGGCAAAGUCAACGUGACGCUCAAGUACCCCGGAAAGAGGCUGGAACACAACGGCAUCAAGAUCGAGUUCGUGGGGCAGAUAGAGCUGUACUAUGACAGAGGAAACCACCACGAGUUUGUGUCCCUUGUGAAAGACUUGGCUCGGCCAGGGGAGCUCACGCAGUCGCAGACAUUUGACUUCGAGUUCACACAUGUGGAGAAACCCUACGAGUCUUACACCGGUCAAAACGUCAAACUACGCUACUUCCUGAGGGCGACAGUCAGCCGCAGACUUAAUGACAUCAGCAAAGAGCUGGACAUUGUGGUUCACACACUCAGCACCUACCCUGAGCUCAACUCCUCCAUCAAGAUGGAAGUGGGCAUCGAAGACUGUCUCCACAUAGAGUUUGAAUACAAUAAAUCAAAGUAUCACCUAAAAGAUGUGAUCGUAGGCAAGAUUUACUUUCUGCUGGUGAGGAUUAAGAUCAGACACAUGGAGAUUGAUAUCAUCAAGCGGGAGACAACUGGCACAGGACCCAAUGUCUACCACGAGAACGACACCAUAGCAAAGUAUGAAAUCAUGGAUGGUGCCCCAGUCAGAGGAGAGUCCAUCCCCAUCAGACUGUUCCUGGCGGGCUACGAGAUGACGCCCACCAUGAGGGACGUUAACAAGAAGUACUCAGUGCGGUACUACCUCAACCUGGUGCUCAUUGAUGAGGAGGAGAGACGCUAUUUCAAACAGCAGGAGAUCACUCUGUGGAGGAAAGGUGACAUUGUGAGGAAGAGUAUGUCUCACCAAGCGGCCAUCGCCUCGCAGCGCUUCGAGGGCUCCUCCAAUCCAGAGAAGUCUCAGGCCCAAAGCUACGAAGAGGACGAAAGCUAAAGCCCAGCAUGCAAUUCACCCGCCGCCUAGUGAGUGUCUGAGUGAACACAGUGCAGAAGCCGUCAGCGGAGUCUGAUUGUGAAUAUCAUGUUUGCAUCAAGAUAGAAUGCACUUAAGUGUUUUUCAGAACGUGUGUGUGUGUGUGAGAGAACGAGAGGUUUUGAAAUAUGACUGUGUGUUUGUCAAGGGAACAAACGGUGAGAUCCGGCUAAAGCUGUAGUUGCAAAUAAUUUCAAGUGUAUGUUUUAACCAUCUUGGAGUACCAGCUGGGUGGAGUUUACCACAUAAAGACUAUUGUCAUUAAACACUAGACAGUUUAAAUUAACUUAAAGUGCUUACUUAAUUCUUUGGGUGUUUAUUAUACAGUUAUUGAUCGGGAUAAACUUCACCUAUUAGAGACACUUAAAUAUAAUUUGCAGAUACUGUUUGAUACCUUUAAUUCUCAUGUGUACGAAUGUCGAGACUGUGGCAGAGAGCCACCUCGGGUGUUUUUCUAACGCAAGCUUUCCUUCCCCAUGCUUACUUGGCUGGACGAUUGCGCUGAGCAGAACCUGUAGUCAAACUGUAGAUUUAUAAACAAGAAAUUGGUAAAAAGUUGAUUCUAAUAAUACAUUUCUGUAUGUCUGCUCACUAGAAUGUGAAACUAAUUCGUUUAAGUUUGUUUUCCUGCCGUGUGCUUUGCUGAGUAACAGCUCCUCUCAUUUGGUUUUAAUUAAAAAGUUCAUAGAAUUUGCUUUCUCAUAAGAAAAAAAACUAAUACCUUCUUUCGUAUUUGUAUAGGAAAAUGCUUCAAUUAUUUUCAUACAUUCCAGGACUCAUCAGAAACAGGCAUGUUGAAAGAGUAUUUAUUUUUUAUUAAUAGCCCAUUUUAAUAAAUGAUGCAUCAGUUAGUUGUGGGUCAGUUUCAGGUGGAGCCAUUGCUGCUUCUUAAAUAAAAAUGUGAUUCCUGAUCGCUUUUCUGAUUUGCACUAUAAUCUAAUUAUGUUUUGUUUUUUUCUUUGCUCUCCGUGCUGCUUAUGAACUGACUGAACUUGUGACAGGUUUCAGAAUAACAGUAAAAGACAGACUUCACUUUCCCAGAGUUACACCUCAAAUCUGAUGUAGACAGUAUUAGAGCUGUGCACAGGGACAAAGCCGACACAGAUGUUGGUGAGUCCUGACUGCCUGUAGGCGAGUUAGCUUUGUGCCUAAGGGUUUGUUGCCAAAACGUUUCUGUGCAAUACCAGAGAUUAACAAGCUGCAAAGAUAAAACUGAGUUUAUCGCAAGGAUGGUUUCCAAUCAUUUUAUUUUGGAAAAGUGAAUGUAUGGGUAAGGCUGCUCAGUCAUAUUGAGAAUUAGACUACAUUUCAGAAACGGAAGAAUCCCAAACUAUUUUUUAAACAGUAAUAAUUCAGUUUUUUUCCUGCGAUUGUCAGGCAGAGAAGAUAAUGGACUUCCUGCGCCAUAACUUCCUUUUUAUUUUGUUUCCUUUUUAAAAAUAGAUUUUUCCAUUCUGAAAAACAUUAAGAGGGCACGAGUGAAUAUAAAGUCUGAAGCCCAACUCUCAGCUUGUUGUCCUUACAUUGCCCUAUAGCCUGCAGCCUUUUGCUCGACAACCUUCUGCUGUGCACCUUUGCAAAAUCUAUCACUGUGUCUCAUAUUAUAUAUCCAUACUUUUUCUUUGGCAAAAGGUCAGAUUUCUAGUGUGCUGCUGUGCUAAAACAUGUCCACUGUCACCAGACUGCUGCUUAAGGAACUGCUAAGAAAUGAGGAACACCAGCCUGAGGUUGAUCUGAGCCAACAGGAUGGAGGUUUUCUUUGACAUGUUAUUGAUAGUGUUAGAAAUCACUGUCAUGUACGCCACUCUACAUUCUCUGGUAAAACUCUAAGAGACUGUAUUAAAAUUAUUGGGCUGGGGAGGGGAGCUGAACCUUAACUUUGACCUUUAUUUUUAUUUCCUUCUCUGGGUUAUCAGAGUUUUCUUUAAAAUAUGAAUUAACCCUUUUAAAUGGCAACACCAAAUGAUUCAUAAUAACCCCAAUUUCAAUCUUAAAGUAGGAGUUGGUAAGUUGUUUCUAAAACACGCCAAAUCUUAUUUGUUAAAAUCCUCUUCACAUCUCGAUAGCAUCCAUAAAUAUAACCGAGUCAUGGAAAAGUCGGCUUCUAGCAGUUGUCAGGCGGAUGAGAGGGUUGAUAGGAAAGGGUGGGAUGUAUCUAUGUCAUAUUUUCAAUGUGUAGCCUGCUCCUGCUAUCUUUUGCAGGAUUACAAACUCUAGCUUUAAUCUGAAAAUGGUGCAGUCAAUCUUUACAAAGUAUCAACAACACGGAGAACUUAAGGUGCUGACAGCUGUGUUAAUACCAGUGUCACUGAAUCAGGGAACAGGAGCCAAUGACCAGUUUUAGGCAACCCAACCUGUCCUACAACUGGAAGAACAGGCUGGGUUGUGAAGAGCAGGCAUUAUAUUAUACCUGAACUAAAAAUUUACGUGACAUGCUCACCCUUUAGACAGAAAUACGAUUUAUUAAUAUCCACAUCCUUGAGGUAAUGUAUGUUGUGAUUUGGCACUAUACAAAUACAUUUGAAUUGAAUCUGCUGUUUCUCAAGAAUGACAUAUUGGUCCUACUAAACUACUGCUAAACUUCCAACUUGUAUUAAGAAGCAAAGGCUAAUAGGCUAAAGUAAUCUGUAGAACAGAGAGUACUUACUAAAAACCUACUAAAUAACAGAGAGUUCAAACUUGAAUAGAAAGACAUGACAAACUACUAAUAUCAGUCUUUUUAAUCUAUAAAAUCAAAAAAGAGUGCCAACAAAAUUCAGAGACUCUUAACCAGCUCUAUAAAAAAUUCCAGACUGCCCCCCGCGCACUGUGACCCCUCCUUCAAGCCCUUUCAUACAGUCUCUAAAUUGUGUAGAAUGUAUUCUCCAUUAUUUCUCUGCCUAAUUCAGUGUACUUUAUUUUGCUGCUUGCUUCCACUGAUCCAACACUGAAAUCUGUUAAAGAAGAGCAAGUUACUUUCAAGAAACCCAAAGCAGAUCUUUAUGUGUCUUGUUAUUUUAAUUUUCUGCCCGUACUGGUACAAACAUGCCGUAGCUAGACUAACCCAGAUUGUAAUAGAGACUAAACUGAGGUUAAAAUGGAGAAGAGUAAUGAAAUGUACAGUGUACUAUAAAUGCACAAUAUAAAUUAAACCUCCUUUUUUAUUUUCUUGUCAUAUUUUAUCUUCCUGCCGAUAAUUGUUGAUUUGAAUCAUUUUACAUUCCUGUUUCACAAUUAAAAGGGAGUAUCCGAACAACA